UGGAAAUUGUCGCUGCAUAUUCAAGGUGUUAAUGGACGUCUAGCAAUGGUCAGUUGAAUGUGUAUUGUUGAUUUAAAGUGUAUUUUGUGUUUGUCUUCUACCAUUAAUGUUUAUCGAAGAAUAAGUAAAAGCUGAUUUUAAAUUCAAAAUAAGUAAAUUCACUAUGUAAACCAGAGAUAUAAUUUAUGAAGUCUUAUUAUACAAAUAGAUUAAUGAAUCGUUUGGUGGUAGAGUAAAGUAAUAAAGUAGGGUACAUUGGGACUCAAUACAAAAUAAUGGGUUAACUAGAGACAUGGGCAGAUAAUCCGGUUAACCAAUUGAGUGCCAGCGCUCUCUCCUUGUUGAGUAAAAUUGUCUGGUGUUAGACAGAGUAAAAUAAUAAAGUAGCGCAGGAUCUGAAAUUUAUAUUUUUUCUCAAAAUCCAACUGGGAUACCAGGAUUCAAAGAUUAGUAUCCCACCUGAGAAUCCAAUAUCCCACUUCUGGAUACUGGUUACUUGUACCAUAAGUAUUACACCCCGUUCCAUCCAAAUAAGUUUCCAUAACUCUCAUAGUGUUACCAUGGAUAAUAAAAUAAAUGGAUAGGAAACUAGCUGACGUGACCUAAUGUUUUCAAUGGGCUGAUGGCGUGAUUGGAUGUUGAAACCUAGUUGCAAACCAAUUUCUCAAAAACGGCAUGUUUAGCAAUAAUACAGCUAAACAUUUUAGUCAAAGAGCAAAUGAAUAUAACUACGCCAUUCUAUGAUGAAAUCUCUAAGUAUUCCCAGUCAAUUUUAGCAAAUAUUUCAAGCACUAAACAGUGAAAAAGGCAUCCCAAAUUUCGUUAAAAUUGGGGACGCCAAUUUCGUAGCUACAAAUGUAAAAAAAUACAAAACAAAGACGAAAAACAUUUACCUUGAAUACCUUGUCGUGGCUUAGGCAUGUUUUUAAAACAAUUAGAUCAGUAUAUGCUUCAAUAUUACUCUUUUAAAGCGGAAAGUAUAGCGAAACAACAAAAAUGCCGAGAACUUUGCAAUACGUGUGACAUCACAGAUUGCAACUAGGUUGUUUUUGCUUACGUCAGCUAGAGUCAUAUCCAUUUAUUUUAUUAUCCAUGGUGUUACAAAUUACAAUAAGUUGUUAGGAGACUUAACAGUCAAAAGUCAACUAAACAAUUCAUUAAUACACUAAAAUACAGUCCUCAAUGAGGGAAGAACUGGCAAAAUGAUAGUAUUCAAAAGCUAUCAGGAGCCUGUCAAAGGUGUUUAACAUUUUCUUAGUAUCCAGUUGGGAUACAAGUCAUUCACAGUUUGGUAUACAAAACCAAAAAUUUGCAAAUUUCAGAGUCUGAUUAGGGUGCAUUAAUAUAGGGUGCAUUAGUGCAAUACAACUUAAUGGGUUAACUAGACACAUGGGCAGAAGAUCUUGUUAAUCCAUUGAGCGCAAAAUGCUCUCCCCUUCAUGAGUAAAAUCGUCUGGUGUUAGACAGAGUAAAAAAAUAAAGUAGGGCGCAUUGGGAGCACAUUAUGCAACUCAAUGGGCUAAUAAUGUGCAUGACUAAAUUGACAUACAAAACUGAUGCAGUAACCCCUCACCCUUUCUAAUCAAACAACUAUAGUUCCUAAUUUAAUGAUUUUAUAGGAAAUUGUUUGGGAUUCAAGAUAUUGAGGAUUUCAAAAUUUUUGGCACUAUUUUGGGAUUUUUCAGAAUAGUUUUUUGGGGAAGUGUUAAAGGGGAUUUUUGGAGUCAAUUUAGCACUGUGAUAUAAACCUCGGCUUUCUAAACUAUAUAUAGAUGGAUAGCAACAUCUUGAACAAAAUAACUCGGGAUGACAUCAUCUAUGGGAAAUUUCCCAACAAGUUUAUGUGGGGAGCGGCAACUGCCGCCUAUCAAAUUGAAGGAGCCUGGAACGAGGACGGGAAGGGUGAAAGCAUCUGGGAUAAUUAUUGCCAUCGGAAAGACAGUCCUAUCCAUAACAACGAUACCGGCGAUGUUGCGUGUGAUAGUUACCAUGGUUACAAAAGGGAUGUUGAAGGAACUAGGCAUUGGUUUCUACAGAUUUUCAUUGUCGUGGUCAAGAAUUCUGCCCGAUGGUACAUUACAUGAUGUGAAUGAGAAAGGUAUGCAAGGUACCUUGUGUUAUUGCAAAGCAGACUUACUCAGCCUACAUGGCUGAUGUAACUGUCCACAUCAACCUUGCAAACCAGGCUGUUUGUUUCGGCACUCAUUUCAUGUACAAUGUAUGUCCAUAUGUAAGCCACAAUGUUUACCUACUUUGUUAUUGGGUCAUUCCAGAAAAGAUCCACUUCCUUCCACGGAGGAAAUUUCUGCCAAAUGUACUAGGAUGUCUGAAGGAGGCAAGGGGUUAACUCCCAAUUUCCUCCAUGGGGGAGGUCUGGAUUUCUUCUGUCUGAAUGACCCAAUUUACUCUCUUGCUUGAAAAAUUUGUUUUCAACCCACCAAACUUAACCCUCCAUGAAAACAUUUCUGCUACUCCACUCUCCCAACUUUUCUACCUCUCUAGACCUCGUCAUCUGCACCACACUGUCCAUGUAAAGCCAGUGAAGGUAUCCCCACCUCCAUUUUCAACUUUCCCCCAUCCCACUUCUAUGUGUUACCUUUUACACCAUCCUUAUCCACCACACUCUUCACCCCCUUGCCCAUUGUUGCUGAGAUUACAUGAAAUUUUGGAUGCAGUGCAAACUAAUUUAAAUUGCAACUUUUGCUACAACUCAUGCAAUAAUUAAGAAACUAUUGAGGUAAGAAUCCCCUUCCAUUACCCUGCCCCCUUCACUCCGCCCCCUUCACCCACCACCCUCUUCACCCACCACCCUCUUCACCCACCACCCUCUUCACCCACCACCCUCUUCACCCACCACCCUCUUCACCCACCACCCUCUUCACCUACCACCCUCUUCACCUACCACCCUCUUCACCCACCACCCUCUUCACCCACCACCUUCCUCACCAACCAUCCUCUUCACCCACCACCCUCUUCACCCACCAUCCUCUUCACCCACCACCCUCUAGCUUCCCUUUUACACCUCCUACAAUUGUUGCCCAGGUAUCUUCACCCACCACCCUCUAGCUUCCCUUUUACACCUCCUACAAUUGUUGCCCAGGUAUAGACUACUAUAACAAGUUGAUCAAUGAGCUGAUUGAGAAUGAUAUUCAACCGAUGAUUACACUCUACCACUGGGAUCUUCCGCAAGCUCUUCAACAGAAACACGGAGGAUGGUUGAGCGAGAACAUUCAAGAUUUAUUCAAUGAUUACGCAAAGUAAGUGAGCUGAUUUUGACACAAAAUAUUACAAGAUGUUUCACAUUUUACUGGUUUCCACUUCUCCAAUUAACCAUUUCGAAAAUUAACCAUUCCGAAUCGAAAAAUAUCGAGCCAUGACGAGCGGACGUGCUUGUCGCUGCUCCCAAAUUUUUGGGCCUUUAAUACUAAUUGGUUAUCUGUAUUUUACAAAAUGUUGAAUACAGCGACUACUGUAACCUUAUUGACCAUCCUGGCUUGGUUAACAUAUCAUUUCAUCAAACGGGAAAGCAAUUAUGGAACUCUAAGUUACUGCCAUAUAAUCAAAAUCGCGUGUUUACUACAACCAAGGUCAAAAGAUCGAAAGGUACCAUAGUUUAUUACAGGAAUUCAACUUCAACUUUUAGACCGAUCCUGCAGCUUCUCCAUGACAUCGAGCUUAAUCCAGGACCUAACAAUUAUUCGACUAGCGAUUCAAGAACGACUAAGAAUAAUGUAAAGAUUGCACAUCUCAAUGUACGCUCAUUAAAAUGCAGAGAACAUUAUGUGCUUGUAAAAGAAACCAUCCUCGCUAAUAAGUUCGAUAUAUUUACAAUAUCAGAAACAUGGCUUGAUAAUUCUGUUACAGACGUUGCAUUCGAAGUCCCUGGCUACAAACUUUACCGAGUGGAUCGAGAAAACAAAAAAGGCGGUGGUAUAUGUGUAUAUGUAUUGCAAAACUACGAAAGUGUGUUACUAAGCGAAAUCUCGUAUAUAUCUCCCACGGGACUCCAUCAACUUUGGCUAAGAAUUCAGAUUAGGGAACUUAAAAUCCAUUGUGGUUUGCACGGUGUAUAGACCUCCUGAUGCCUCCGUGUCUUGUCUAGACUCAGAUCUAAUUACAAGUUACAUCUCAGCUUUAACGCUUUCCCAUCCAAUAUACAUACUGGGGGACCUAAACUGCAAUCUUUUGAAAACUGACAACCGUGACGCCAAAGCUCUUAAUACGUUCUGCCAUUCUUACAAUUUAACUCAACUUAUCAACUCACCAACCCGAGUUACUGAAGGUUCCAAAUCGCUAUUAGACGUGAUUAUUGUUUCUGAGACAAAACAAGUCCAAAAAGCAGGAGUUAUGGAAAGUUCAAUCAGUGACCAUGAUUUAGUUUACGUUGCACUUCGCCUCAAAAAGGCACGCACAAAACCUGUUUUUAUUACAACAAGGAGUUUUAAACACUUCAACUCCCAAGCAUUCAACAAUGAUGUGGCCCUAGCGCCAUGGUCUAUAGUAGAUGCUUUUGACGAUGUUGAGGACAAAUUACAAGCUUUCAACUCAUUGUUUAUAGAUAUACUUGAUAAACACGCACCGAUAAAAACGUUUAAAAUCAGAGGUCGACCUAACCCAUGU